AUGCCAGAGUUUCUCGAGCGUCUUCCACAUGCGGUGAAGCAGAAAGUGCUACAGAUUAGCAAUAACGAUGCCAAGAUCUUGGGCGUGUUCGAGCAGGUGUUUCAGUGCGGGCAAGAGAACCAAGAUGCGCGGCGCAAGGCGGUCAAAACAGGGGUUAGCGAGCGGUUAGAAGACAGUGAGCUCAUAUUUGAACUUCGGGACGUCUCUUUUCUGUCGCCGAUCCGCAAGAAAUUGAACCUAGCCAUCACAAUUGGUUCCGACGGCAAGCCCGCACUACUAUUUAACAAGGACCGUGUUCCUGAGAUGGCAAUACCGAACCUGCAGGAAAGUGUGAAGUUUGCGGCCUUCUUACCAUUCCCAGAGAAGAAGAAUCUGCUGUACCUGUUUAUUGUAUAUCGGACGGCUAGCGAUGAGGCGCCUGACCCUGUCCUUUUAACAAUGAACAAAGAGGGCGUUCUUAAACAGUUCAAGGACAAGGGGCUCAUACCUGUCGAUAGCAGCAAUUUCGGUGAAUGCGUGGACUAUAUGCGGAAACAGGCAAUCCUGACAGGCUUCAGAAUAGGUGAUCCAUUCUCCAACAGCCAGGGCCCGCCUGCGUUCCAUGUCGAAUGCCACAGAGGUACGAAAGAGGGAACACUGUAUUUCCUCCCGGAUCAUAUAAUAUUUGGGUUUAAAAAACCAAUAUUGGUAUUUGAAUCCAAUGAAAUUGAAUCCAUCACGUAUUCAUCCAUCACACGGCUGACAUUCAACGUCACUUUAAUCACCAAGAACCAGGAAAAGUAUGAGUUCUCCAUGAUUGACCAAUCCGAGUUUGCGAAUAUCGACGAGUAUGUGAAGCGUAACCAGGUAAAAGAUAAGUCAAUGAGUGAUGAACUCAAAGCGAAGCCGAUGGUGAAGGCACACCAAGUAGGGGAACAAUCUGCGUUGAAAGAAGCGCAGCAGCAGUUAAGGGAGAACAGGCCGACAGGAGGCGUACCAAUUGACUCAGAUGACGAGGAGGCAGAUGGCAAUUUUGAGAGCGAGAGCGAACUAUCAGAUGGUAGCGGAUCGGACUCUGAAGCCGACAGUGAUGAAGAUGCCGACGAUACAGACGACAGCGACGGAACCAAUGACACACAUGAUGUCUUGCAGCAUGAAGAGAUUCAAAUUGCUGCUGCGGAUGCAGAAGAUGAAGUUUUGCCUGACUUUGACCAGGCCGAAGCUGGAAUUGAUAUCGUCAUUGAGGAGGAUGAUGAAGAGGAGGGCUCCGGAGUUGAGUACGACUAA